AUGGUUUAUUUCACCAAGACCCUGGCGGUGGCUCUCGUAGCGAGCGUCGCAAAUGCCUUCAACUAUGACCAGCCCUACCGGGGCCAAUACCACUUCUCGCCCCAGGAACAUUGGAUGAACGAUCCCAAUGGUCUCUUGUAUCACAAUGGGGUCUACCAUCUGUUCUUCCAGUACAACCCUGGCGGUAUCCAGUGGGGGAACAUGUCCUGGGGCCAUGCCACCAGCAAGGACCUCACCCACUGGGAGCAGCAACCCAUCGCCCUCCUCGCCCGGGGAUAUGGCGGCAACGUCACCGAGAUGUACUUUAGUGGAAGUGCGGUCGUUGAUGUGAACAACACCAGUGGCUUCGGCAAGGACGGCAAGCCCCCUAUGGUCGCCAUGUAUACUUCCUACUACCCUGUUGCGCAGACCCUGCCGAGUGGGAAGACUAUUCAGGAGAACCAGCAGGCCCAGUCUAUCGCCUACAGUCUUGACGAUGGGAUGACCUGGACCACGUACGAUGCCGCCAAUCCGGUCAUCUACAACCCUCCCGCCCCAUACCAGGACCAGUACCAGAACUUCCGUGAUCCGUUCGUGUUCUGGCACGCCGAGUCCCAAAAGUGGGUCGUCGUCACCACUCUGGCCGCACUACACAAGCUUGCGAUUUACACGUCCGACAACCUCAAGGACUGGACGCUGGCGAGUGAAUUCGGUCCUUACAACGCACAGGGCGGCGUCUGGGAAUGCCCUGGUCUGUUCAAGCUGCCCCUGGAUGGCGGCAAGGCCACGAAAUGGGUCAUCACGCUCGGACUCAACCCUGGCGGUCCCCCCGGCACCGUCGGCUCCGGAACCCAGUACUUCGUGGGUGAGUUUGACGGCACCACCUUCACUCCCGACGCCGAUUCUGUGUACCCUGGAAACGCGACCGCCAACUGGAUGGACUGGGGCCCAGACUUUUAUGCCGCGGCGGGCUACAAUGGCCUGCCGAUGGACGCCCACGUCCAUAUCGGGUGGAUGAACAACUGGCAGUAUGGCGUGAACAUUCCCACCAGCCCCUGGCGCAGCGCCAUGUCUAUUCCUCGGCACCUGGCUCUCGAGACCAUCGGGGCCAAGGCGACUCUGGUUCAGCGGCCCCAGGAAGCCUGGUCUUCUAUCAUGAGCAAGCAAGCGGCCUAUUCGCACACGUACAACUCUGUCCCGGAAGGCUCCGUCAAUGUGGGCACCACGGGAGAGACGAUCAAGAUUGACCUGAGUUUCUCUGCUGCUUCGACGGCGUCGGAGUUUGCCAUCGCGAUUCGGGCCUCCGCAGACUCCACCCAGCAGACCCUGGUCGGCUACGACUUCGUCAACAGGCAGGUCUUCAUCGAUCGCACCAGAUCCGGAGAUGUCUCGUUUGACAAGACUUUUGCCAGCGUCUACCGCGGACCCCUCGCGCCUGGCGUCAAUGGCAAGGUGAACCUGAGCAUCUUUGUUGAUCGCUCCAGUGUGGAAGUUUUCGGCGGCCAGGGCGAGACCACCCUGACAGCUCAGAUUUUUCCCAGCAGCGAAGCGGUUCACGCCCUGCUGGUGUCGACGGGGGGAGCUACCAAGGGCGUCAAGCUCGACAUGUACAAUGUUGCCUCCACUUGGCUAUAG